GACUGCACAGCUGCCGCCGAAUUUAAAGAGAUAAGGAAUAGUUAUUUAAAAUAACACCUCGCACUGCUGUUGUCUAUAACCAUUUGUGUUAAGACUGCAAAAUCAUAUACUUUUACAUCGGUUAGUGCCUUAGCGGCAUAACAAAAUUUGCUUGCUCUAUUACUUGGUGGAGAUCUUUUUUCUUUUGCUGGCUAGCGAGCUAGCUAGCCAUUCAGUGAGUAAAUGAUGGAAGCUAGCUUUAGCGAUACGUAGCUAGCUUGCCACCCGACGAAGAACUGAUUUGUCGACUGCUUUAUAGAUAAAUAAAGCGUCAAAAGAGCCUGGAAAGCAAUCGAAUACUAUAUCAGUAGCAACCUACUGAACACAAUGGCUAAAAUUCAGGCACACAGCAACGCGAAGCAAAUAAACCAAAUUCAGGACAAAGCCUAUGUUGUACAAAAGCAAGUACAACAACAGCACUUUCAAAAACUGAAGGUCGAAGAUGCCUUGUCAUAUCUUGAUCAAGUCAAAAUACGGUUCGGAAAUGAUCCGGGGAUUUAUAACAAAUUCCUGGAUAUCAUGAAAGAAUUCAAGUCUCAAAGCAUUGAUACCCCGGGAGUAAUAAACCGAGUGUCUCAGCUUUUCCACGGACACCCCGAUCUGGUGUUGGGAUUUAAUGCCUUCCUGCCCCCCGGCUACCGAAUAGAGAUUCCCAAGAAUGGCCUGGUGUUCCUGCAGUCCCCCUUCUCUGGACAAAAUUCAGCGGGGCAGAGUAAGGCUGUGGUGGGCACGACGGCACCUGUCCGUUCCUCUGCGUCCACGGCGACCGAAGGCGGCGGCGGCCCCGCGCCGAGCGAGUCCAUUGCGUCGCCCGACAGCAUCUCCUCCCCCUCGGCCUCAGGGGCGGCGCUAGAGAGCGUCUCCUCCUCCAGGCUCUCGCUGCCCCUCCCCAGCCGAGAGAGCCACGCCCAGCCCUCGGCUGGCUCCUCCUCCCCCGCCUCCGAGCCCAGCCCCGUGGAGUUCGACAGCGCCAUCAGCUACGUCAACAAGAUCAAGAACCGCUUCCUGGAGCACCCCGAGACCUACCGCUCCUUCCUGGAGAUACUGCACACUUACCAGAAGGAGCAGCUGGAGAUCAAGGAGAGCCGGGCGCGGGGCAGCGCGGGCAUGACGGAGGACGAGGUCUUCUCCAAGGUGGCCAGCCUCUUCAAAGGACAGGAGGACCUCCUGGCCGAGUUUGGACAGUUCCUGCCAGACGCCAAGAGAUCCCUGUUCACCAGCAGCUCCCUGACGGGAAAAGACCACCUGAAGAAGGCGGAGGAGGAGGAGCUGAGCAAGCAGAGCAAGAAGAGGCCCAGACCCAUGCUGCUCCCGCACAUGACCCCCCUGCUAAAGAAAAAGAUGAAAUACUCCUGUUCAAAAGACCAGUCCUUUGCUUCAGUCGGAAAGCAUGGAGUUCUGCGAGAGUUCUCGUUCUUCGAUAAGGUGCGGCGCCUCUUUAAGAGUCAGGAGGUCUAUGAGAACUUCCUGCGCUGCAUCGCCCUCUUCAACCAGGAGGUGGUGUCUGCCGCCGAGCUGCUCCAGCUGGUCACCCCCUUCUUGGGGAAGUUCCCGGAGCUGUACACGCAGUUCAAGUCCUUCCUGGGGGAGAAGGAGCUGUCCCACGCCUCGUCGGGAUUGGCCGACCGCUACAUGGAGGGUGGCGGCGGCCGCGAGGUGGACUACGCGUCCUGCAAGCGUCUGGGCUCCAGCUACCGCGCCCUGCCCAAGACCUACCAGCAGCCCAAGUGCAGCGGGCGCACAGCCAUCUGCAAAGAGGUGCUGAAUGACACCUGGGUGUCCUUCCCCUCCUGGUCGGAGGACUCCACGUUUGUCAGCUCCAAGAAGACCCCCUACGAGGAGCAGCUGCACCGCUGUGAGGACGAGCGCUUUGAGCUGGACGUGGUGCUGGAGACUAAUCUGGCCACUAUCCGUGUGCUGGAGAGCGUGCAGAAGAAGCUGGCGCGCAUGUCGCCGGAGGACCAGGACCGCUUCCGAUUGGACGACUGCCUGGGCGGCACCUCCGAGGUCAUCCAGCGCCGCGCCGUCUACCGUAUCUACGGCGACAAGGCGCCCGAGAUCAUCGAGGGCCUCAAGAGGAGUCCAGCCACCGCCGUGCCUGUGGUGCUGAAGAGACUGAAGGCGAAGGAGGACGAGUGGCGGGAGGCCCAGCAGGGCUUCAACAAGAUCUGGCGCGAGCAGUACGAGAAGGCCUACCUCAAAUCGCUGGACCACCAGGGGGUCAACUUCAAGCAGAACGACAUGAAGGCCCUGCGCUCCAAGAGCCUGCUCAACGAGAUCGAGACCAUUUACGACGAGCGUCAGGAGCAGAGCACAGAGGAGGGUGGUGUUGGUCAGCAGCGUGAGGGCGGGGGGGGCGGAGCCUCCAGCGAGCCCCACAUGGUGUUCGGCUACGAGGACAAGCAGAUCCUGGAGGACGCGGCCGCGCUCAUCAUCUACCACGUCAAGCGGCAGCCCACCAUCCACAAGGACGACAAGGACCACGUCAAGCGCAUCAUGCAGCACUUCGUGCCCGACCUCUUCUUCGCCCGCCGCGGCGAGCUCAGCGAGACCGAGGACUGGACGGACGAGGAGAACGAGGCCGACGAGGCCGGCGACCGAGCCGGCGGCGGCGCCAUGGUGACGGGCGGAGGAGGAGGAGGAGGAGGAGGAGGAGGAGGAGGAGGAGGAGGAGGAGGCGGGAGCGACUCUGGAGCGGCACAUCCUCCGGGCGCGGGGCAGCAGCAGCUGAACGGAGACUCGCGCCGACGGCGCUGCACCUCUCCGCCGAGCUCCACCAGCACGGAGACCUCCACCAGCGCCACCACCCCGCAGCACGCCGCCAGCAGCACGCCUCACGGCCACACGGGGGCGCUGCCCCAGCAGCCCGGCGGCGAGAAGCUGGACCUGCGGGACCCCGAGGCCGAGCACCAGAAGGAGAUGGACGGCGUGUACAACCUGCUCUUCGUCAACAACAACUGGUACUUCUUCCUGCGGCUGCACCAGACGCUGUGCGCGCGGCUGCUGAGGGUCUACCGGCAGGCCGAGCGCCAGCUGCUGGAGCACCGCGCAGAGCAGAGCCACCAGAGGAUGCUCACGGCCGACGGGUGGAGGGACAAGCCCAGCGACCUCGCCAUGGAGCUGCGCCUCAAACAGCCCAGUGAGGUGGAGCUGGAGGAGUACUACCCGGCGUUCCUGGACAUGGUGCGCAGCCUGCUGGACGGAAACCUGGAGUCGACGCAGUACGAGGACACCCUGCGGGAGAUGUUCACCAUCCACGCCUACAUCGGCUUCACCGUCGACAAGCUCAUCCAGAACAUCGUCAGACAGCUCCAGCACCUGGUGAGCGACGAGGUGUGUCUGCAGGUGGCGGAGCUGUACCUGGCGGAGCGGAAGCGGGGUGCUGCCGGGGGCAACCUCUCGUCACAGUGCGUACGCGCCGCCUGGGAGACCAGCUACCAGUGGAAGGCCGAGAGGGUCAUGGCCGAGGAGAACUGCUUCAAGGUGAUGUUCAUCCAGAAUAAGGGCGAGGUGACGCUGGCGGUGGAGCUGCUGGACACGGAGGAGGCGCAGGCUGAUGACCCGCUGGACGUGCAGUGCCUGAGCAGCUACAUGGAGCAGCUGGUGGGCAGCGAGAGCGCCCUGUGUGCCCAGGGAGAGGGCUGCUACUUCAAACCCGUCUUCCUGCCCAGGAACCUGCGGCACUUCCGCCACUGGCAGGUGCGUCAGGUGGAGGCCAUGCGGUGUCGGAGGGAGUGGCAUCGGCAGCUGGGCGUGGAGAGUGCCGGAAGCCUGGACUGCCGCUUCAAACUCAACACACACAAGAUGGUGUUCGUCAUGAACUCGGAAGACUACAUGUACCGGAGAGGAGCGCUUGUGAAGGCCAGGAAGUCUCAGCACGCGGUGGCGUGCGGGCAGCACGAGCGGUUCCGGCGGUGGCACCAGGGCUGGCUGGGCGAGCACGUGAGCGCGGCGGGGGAGCGGGCGGUGGCCCACUGGCUGAUGGGGGAGGAGGAGGAGGACCUGCUGCCCUGCAAGACCACCUGCGUGGCCACGCACCUCAAGGGCCUGCCGGUCAACCGCUACCAGGUGCUCUACAGCAGCAAGCCCCCGGCCUCGCCCUAGACCACGCCCCCCACUGUGUGUGUGUGUGACUGUGUGUGUGUGUGUGUGUGUCUGUCUGUCUGUGUGUGUGUGUGUGUGUGUGUGUGUGUGUGUGUGUGUGUGUCUGUGUCUGUGUGUGUGUGUGUGUGUGUGUGUGUGUGUGUGUGUGUGUGUGUGUGUGUGUGUGUGUGUGUGUGUGUGUGUGUGUGUGUGUGUGUGUGUGUGAGGGGUCUGGCUUCACCUGCGUCACACGCCUCCCUUGCCCCCCCCCGGAUGGAGGUUCUCUAAGGGACUGAUCCACAGCCUGAAGACAUUGAGAACAUUUAGAGAACACCCCUAGUGCCCACGGUGGAACCGGAACCGGAAGCCGUUGGUGAUUCCGCGGUGGAACCGGAAGCGGAAGCCUGUGGAGAUUCCGCGGUGUGGACUCAAAAGCCGCUGGUGAUUCCUGCGACUAUGUGGCCUGACUCUCUAGACGGUUGUUGCACAGCCAAGUGACGAGUAAAAAAAAAAAAAAAAAAAAUGUCCAGAUGAGAUGAAACCUGAAUGAAGAUGAACAAACGAAUGGGUUAAAUGUUUGUGAGUUAGUCAGUUAGUUUGUUUGUUUGUUUGUUUGGGGGGAAAUGUGUGUAUGUUUUUUUUUUUUUUUUUUCUUUCCUUUUUUUUAGUAAGUCAGUCUUGAGUUUUUAGUUUUGUGCAACGCGAGGGCCUUUGGUUGGUGUAAGUUUAUACUGAGGGACUGAGAGACAGCAGUGAAAGUGGCCUCUUGCGGACGGAGUGCCAACAUGGCUCUCAGCAGAUGAACGUGUACACACACACACACACACACACACACAGCGUGCAUACUUGUUAUGCUCCGCUCUUUUACAUAUGCAUCCAUUUGACUUCAUGAAUGAAACAUAGAAAUGAAUUUGUUCUCGUUUUGUCCUCUGGCAACCAACUCCCAAAAUGUCUUUGUUUGAGUAUUUUUAUUUUUCAUUUCUUUCUAAGCAUACUUUUUAAAAUCAUCGGUGACUAACCCCGUCAGUAGAUUGCCAGUGCCGUCUUGUGACACGUCUCUACGGUCUACUCUCGUUUCCUUUGCUUUCGGAAUCAUGCAUCCUACGACUCCUCCACAUCGUUGCUUUUACAUGUUAAAGUGGAAAGGCCGAAAUAUCAGUGUUUAAAUACAAUGUAUAACAUUUAUUCUGUAUCAAGUAUCCUGAAAUAAACAACCUAGUUGUGAACUUC